AUGUCGGUCCUCGGCACUUCCUCCUCCUCCAGCGCACCCCCUAGCAACCCGUUCGACUCCUCCUACGGGUGCGAGCCCGAUGAGCCCCAAGCCGCCGACAUCCGCAACAUCCACCUCUCCGAUCACGUCCCCAUCAUCCUCUCCCACACCUCCGCAAACUACUAUGCCUGGAAAACCUACUUCAAUCUCCUCUUCCGUGAGUACAACCUUCGUGAUCAUGUGGACGGUCUCGCCAAUUUCUUCGCCGGCGCCCACGACGCCAACUGGCUCGCCACCGACGCCACCCUCAUCCGGUGGUUCUUCCUCACCGUCUCUUCGGACAUCUUCCACACCGUCGUUUGCGAUGGGGACGAUGCUUACACGGUGUGGACCAAGAUCAAUGGCCUCUUCACCGACAACAAGCUUCAACGGAUUGUUUUCUUGCAGCAGGAAUUUUUUGGGUGUCAUCAGAACGACUCCACCAUCGACACCUUCUGUCUCCGGCUCAAGACCCUCUCCGACGAGCUCAACGACGUCGGGUUCAAGGUGGGCGACGAGCUUCUCCUCUCGACACUCACCGCCGGCCUCAACGAGGACUUCGGCAACGCCGCCUCCAACCUCACCCUCAUGGCCAACCCUACUUACGAGCGGGUGGUGGCCUAUCUUCGUCUUGAGGAGCGGUGGAUGAAGCACCUCCGCACCCGCGCCGUCCACACCGCGCUCGCCGCCGGCCUCUCCACCGGCGCCUCUACACCACCCUCGGCGCCCCGUCCUCCGGCCGUCCCGCACCCCAUGCCGGUGCCGCAGCCGCCCCAACCACUGCGCAACGGUGGGAACGGCGGCUACCGUCACCGCGGUCGCGGCGGUCAACGCCAAGGCGGAGGGAUAGGUGGCGGCGGCGGUGGUCAUGCUCCCCAGCAGUAG